CUUCCUCUUCUGACCUCCUCUGUGAGUCUGGUGAGACAGGAGAUCUGAAGACAAAUUGGGAAAAUGGACCAAAGCUGACAGAGAGCAAUGACUGAGAUUUAUUUCAAGUUCCGUGGAAACCUGACUGGCCGCGUCCACCUCCCGACUCUGGCUACAGAAGUAGACACAGCAGCAGACAAAUAUUCUGGCCUCUAUGUGUAUGUGGGACUGUUCCUAACCCUCCUGGCCCUGCUCCUGAUCCUGCUUUUCUCCAUGCUCCUGCGCCUGAAGCACGUGGUGUCCCCCAUCACCUCCCCAGAGGGCACCGAGAACGCGCAGCAGUUCACGGACGUGGAGAUGCACAGCAGGAUCCCCAGCACGUAGGGAGCCCACAGAAAACAGGGAAAGGUGUUUUAGUGCUUGGAAAAGGUGUUUCAUUCAGCA